AUGGGCCCCCGUACCGCCUCCUCAUGCUGCUGCCAGGCCCGUAAUCUGCCAUGGGCCCCCGUACCGCCUCCUCAUGCUGCUGCCAGGUCCAGAGUGUGUCAUGGGUCCCCUGUACGGCCUCCCAUUGCUGCUGUCUCCAUCGCCCACACUCUGCCAUGUGCCACUUUCAGGUCUCCUCACACUGCUGGUGGAUUCCAUUUUGUCAUAGGGUGCUGGCAGAUUACGGGCCUCCCAUUGCUGCUGCCAGGCCCGUAAUCUGCCAUGGGCCCCCGUACCGACUCCUCAUGCUGCUGCCAGGCCCGUAAUCUGUCAUGGCCCCUGUACCACCUCCUCAUGCUGCUGCCAGGUCCAGAUUGUCUCAUGGGUCCCUGUACGCCUCCCAUUGCUGCUGUCUCCAUCGCCACACUCUGCCAUGUGCCACUUUCAGGUCUCCCCCUCACACUGCUGGUGGGUUCCAUUUUGUCAUAGGGUGCUGUA